UUUCUUUCAGACCCGGACUGGGCAUCCCACAGCCUAGGGAUCUUCAUCUGCUUGAAUUGUUCAGGAAUCCAUCGCAAUAUUCCCCAAGUCAGCAAAGUGAAGUCGGUCCGUCUGGAUGACUGGGAUGAUGCUCAAGUGGAGUUUAUGGCCUCAAAUGGAAACAAUGUAGCAAAAGCAAAAUAUGAAUCUAAAAUGCCACCGUUUUAUUACAAGCCAACGUUUCUUGACUGUCAACUGCUGCGUGAACAGUGGAUCAGAGCCAAAUACGAACGAAAAGAGUUCAUUCACAGCGAGAAGCAGGAGCCUUAUUCUGCAGGGUACCGAGAAGGAUUUCUGUGGAAGAGAGGACGUGACAAUGGGCAAUUCUUAAGCCGAAAAUUCGUGUUAUCAGAGAGGGAAGGUGCACUGAAGUACUUCAACAAAAAUGACGCAAAAGAGCCCAAAGCAAUUAUGAAGAUUGAACAUCUAAAUGCGACUUUCCAGCCUGCAAAAAUCGGGAACCCACAUGGACUGCAGAUCACUUACUUGAAGGACAAUAGCACAAGGAACAUCUUUGUCUAUCACGAAGAUGGCAAGGAAAUAGUGGAUUGGUUCAAUGCCAUCCGGGCAGCACGUUUUCAUUACUUACAAGUGGCAUUCCCUGGAGCCAGCGACGUUGAUCUGGUGCCAAAGCUUUCUAGAAACUACCUGAAGGAAGGGUACAUGGAGAAAACAGGGCCAAAGCAAACAGAGGGAUUCAAGAAGCGAUGGUUCACCAUGGAUGACCGACGACUCAUGUAUUUCAAAGAUCCCCUGGAUGCCUUUGCUAGAGGGGAAGUUUUUAUUGGAAGCAAGGAAAACAGCUACAAGGUCUUGGAAGGGCUCCCGCCAUCCACGCAGGGAAACCACUGGCAGCACGGGAUAACCAUUGUCACCCCGGAUCGGAAAUUCCUCUUUGCCUGCGAGACGGAGGACGACCAGCUGGAGUGGAUUACAACUUUUCAGAAAGUUAUAAGCCGGCCGAUGCUGCCUCAGGAAUACGCAGUGGAAGCCCAUUUCAAACAUAAACCUUAGCUGGGACUGGCUGGGCAGACCUGAGGAGUGAGCUUCUGUUUACAACACAACAUGGUUUUAUUUGAAAUGUUAAAAAUAAUGAAUAGUAAUAAUAACAGUAAUAAUAGUAAUACUAUUUCCCUUUCCCCUCAUCAUUCACUUGAUCAUGUCGGAAACCAAGAAGGGCGGCAGCGAAAUGUCGGAGAAGAUGCUGAUCCAACC